AUGUUCCAUCGUCGCACGUACUCCACUUAUCGCCCGCGUUUAACCUCAUGGCAAAUAUAUGGAACUCCUAUUACUAACAUCUUUCUCUACGGUUCCAUUACUUAUCUCGGAUUACAUCUAAUACACGCAAAACUCGAUUUCAAAGAACGUAAAGAAGAAAUGGAAGAGGAAAUUAAAAAGCUAGAAAAAGAGCUUCAAGAAAAGCGGAAGACAACUUG